CACACACGCACUCGUACACUAUACAGUACAUAACACAGUAUCAAAUCGCCCUGGCGUGCGAUUAGUUCGAUUAAAAUAGUAUCAGCAAGCACGCGGAGACGAGAGAUACUAGAGCAGCUCGCAAUUUUUUCCUUCCCCAGGAAGCUACCCAAGCAGGUGCCAAUCAAGGGUUCCCAAUGGCGACCGGCGCCGCCGGGGCGGCGUCGCUCAGCCUCACCGUGAGGCUCAUCGUCGGGCAGCCCGCGCCGUCCGCCAAGGAGGACAGCGCGGGCGACCCCCACGCCAUUCUCCCCGAGGAGGAGGCACACGCCCUGCCACCCGGCGCGGGCGCGGGCGCGCUACUCCACCCCGCCGCGCUGGCGGCCGUCGCCGGCUCCGCCAAGCGCCUGCUCGCCCUCGCCGGGGCCAGCCCAGGCGCCGACGUGGGCGUGCUCGGCCGGGCGAUGGCGGAGCUCGAGAGGCUGGCGGCCGGCGGACGCGGGACAGCCGCCGCCAUGGAUCACGCCGAGCUGAGCACUAGCACCAGCAGCACCUCCGCCGACAUGGACAUCGACUCCGACCAGCUGGGCGGCGGCGGUGCCAAAAGGAAGCGGGACGCGAGGCGCGGCGGCGACGCGCCCCAGAGGCCGACGAAGCGGCGGAUCCUCGCCUGGAGGGUGCGCCAGUACCGGUCUUCGGUGGCGAAGGCCAAGGCGACGGCGAGGAGGGCCAGGAGCCGGAGGGCGAUGCGGAGGAAGACGGGCGGCUGGAAGAGCGUCCAGCAGCAGCUCGCGCGCGCCACCCUCAGCGACGGCCUGCACAGGUGGAGCGCAGGCGGCGGCGGCGGCAGCGGACCUGCCGAGCAGUAAGAUCCGCUAGAACCGAAUGGGAUUAGCUCGCAUUUUGUUUUGCUGCUCUAGUAGUAGUGUAGUUCCCCUUGAUCCGAAGGACGGGGGUUGCUCAGUCAAUUUGGCUGGGCUUUUGUGAUCUUGUCCAAAUGCUACUGAGACUCCCCACUUCAGCAUUUGUGCUCAAGUUGGAUAGGAUUCAGCAUUCAGGCUCUAAGUUGGAUAGGAUUCAGCAUUCAGGCUCUAAGUUGGAUAGGAUUCAGCAUUCAGGCUCUAAGUUGGAUAGGAUUCAGCAUUCAGGCUCAGCAUCCAAAUGCUGCUGACCACCGAGUGAUUGAUAGGCUUCAAGUGAAGAACCAAUUGUUCAAGUGAACCAAUUCAUGGAGCUGCACAGCCACCACAUUACA